AUGGCAGCCCUCAUAUUGAGAACCCUUUUAGAUAACAACGUUUUUAGUAGUAGUGACUACAUACAUACGAUAAAAGACCCACUUUCAACUAGUAUGGUCGAAGUUUCAGGAAAUCCACAAUCUUGUGGUGUUUCAGAAGCAUUUUCUUCACCAUCAUUGAAGAAAGCUGAUGUUUCACUUACUUUUGGCUCCAGUCAAGAAAUCUCCUAUGCCGCAAUGUCGGCCCCAUUAAAUGCCGACACAAGUCGUAUUCCUGAUGAAAUUGCCCCCACUGAUGUCAACAAAACCGAACUGGAUUUAUCCACCAACAACUUUGGAGUACCAUUGGCUGAUGUUGUUCUUCCUUCUUCCUCCUCAACAACAUUAUCACCAUCAAUCGUUUCAGAACAACAACAACAACAACAACAACAACAACAACAACAACAACAAGCCAUCAGUUCUGAAGAAAUCAUAACUUCAAAGGGUGGAAUAAAAUCCGGAGCAGGAGAGUUACCUUUCUCUAUAGUUUAUGGUUCAGCUUUUUCAAAGACACCAGAAAUUGUAUCCUUCCAACAACCAACUCAAAAACAAAUCAAUGAUUUCCUUCAAAUGAAAUCUGAUGCCACUAGAGUUGUUACAUCUGAUGGAUACAUCUUUAGAGAAAUUUUCAAUCCUGAUCAUGAUGAUGGUUUCAAACAAGCCCUCGAAAUGUAUGGUUCAAGUUUCUUUGAACCAACAGAGCCAGGUAAAAAUCACCUUCAUACUUUAUGCAAUAGAGGUCUUUAUCGUAUGAUGGUAAUGGAAGAUGAUAAAGGUUUAGUUUUAGCUUGUGCUUUUAUUGUCGAAGUACAUGCUUAUAAAUCCUACCAUAUGGAUUAUCUUGCAGUUAGACCAGGUAUUAGAGGUGGUGGUUUAGGUGGAAAAUUCUUUAAACAAUUAACCACACACUUACGUAAUGAACAAAAGUAUUUAAUCAUUACAUUCGAAAGUGAACCAAAAUUGGUGCCAUGGUAUCUCAGAAUGUCUUGUCUUCAUCUUAAUGUAGUUAGUGAUCAAGUAACCUAUGAAAAUGGUGAAACCUUUUUCUGGUGGUUAUUAGUCGUUCCAUUGGGUAAAAUCAUUGACGAUGGCUCUGAUGCUGACACUGAUUCAGAUUCUGAACAUCCUACUAGCGCUCCAUCAACUACUGCACCCAACUAUGCAUUACCAUUAUCAUUAACAGAAAAACAAAGAAAUAGAUCCUACAUCCUCUACAACGAAAGUGGUGUUUCAUAUGAAUUCAAUCAACAAACCAUUAAUGAAAUCGCUCAAUAUUUACUUACUUUUAUGUCUGAUGCUAAAAAAUAA